AGUCCCCUGGCUCGGAACUCCUUGGUGGCCCCCCCCCGCCGCGCUCCCCCGCCCUCGGCCGCCCGUCUUUCUUCCUCCUCCUCGGGCCUCGGUACCCCUCGCGAUAGCGGCCGCUGCUCGGGCGAGUCCCACGACAUCUCCGUCAGGAAGCUAUGCGAGUUCUGACACCGGCUGGCUCUUCCAGGUCAACAGGUGCUUGUGUGUGCUUGUGUGGUACGGUUGCUGGAUCGGGCCCAGUUUACAGUGGAGCUGCUGCCACAUCUUGCGGAGACGUCUUCUGCUGUGACUUGCCUCGUUGUUGUGCUGGUCCGCAAUGAGUAUGAAUCCUAUGGAUUUUGUUUCCGAUUUUAUGACUUCUGAUUUUGUUUCAGAGCGCAUGGGUUGCAUGGCAUUUGUUUAUGUCUCUUCACGUUUGUCUGUGCUCGAAGUAUGUGUGAAUGACUUGUAUGCUCGUGCUGGGACCUUGGCAUGUGAGCAGAUGGGGAGGCCCGUCACGAAAGCGUCGCCCUCGCAACGGCGUCGUUCACGUGCUAGACAGGUGAAGCACCGUCUCUGGUUGUGUUCCACGUCUUCGUCGUGUCAGGUGGGGGAUUUCACUGGCCUCUGUCGUGCCGAUGUCGUCGCACUUCGUUACUCUCGUAACCGCGGCCCUGCUGGUACGGCUCCGUGGACAGGCGUGCGAGCUUCUUCGACACCAGGUGUGGGGCCUUCCUCCCCGAUGUAUGUUUCUCCUGCAGCGACAGCGGGCGUCACGACUAUUUCCCAUCAUUUUCAGAAUGUGCUUGAGAGUGAUAUUGCCGUGGUGGAGGAUGCUCGAGUGGCUAGUGUUGAUCCCGUCCCUGAUGCCGUUCCCGAUGUAUCAGUUUCGGAUGCGAGUGCCUCGGUCCAGCUAGCGGCAACGGGCGUUACGACGACUUCUCAUCAUUUUCCGAAAAUGUCUGCGAGUGGUGUUGCUGUGGAGGUGGAGGAUGCUCGAGUGACUUUUGUUGAGCCUGUACCUGACGGCGUUCCCGAUGCCUUAGUGUCGGAUGCGAGCGCCUCAGUCAAUCUUGCGACAAUGGGCGCUACGAUGCAUUCACCGUCUUCUCCCAAUGUGUAUGAGAAUGGUGCUGCCGUGGAGGCAGAAGGUGCUAGAGUGAGCGGUGCCGAUCCCACCCCUGAUGCCGUUCCCGCUGUGCCCGCUUCGGAUGCGAGUUGCUCGGUCCAUCCUCCUGCUCUUGCGAUUGGCCCCCGAGCCGUGCGUAUCAAACGGUCUUGUUUCCGACGAGAGGUGCCUGUUGCGGAGACCCCGCCAGUGCUUGCAUCCACGGCGGAUCAUGUGGUUCAUUCUCUCCUGCCGCGGCCGUAUGUGGACUCAGGCGUGCUGCGUACAUACUUGGGCAUGUUUCCGAAAGAAGGCGAUGACGAAUCGAGUGAUGAGGAGUCCGUGAAUGCACAGAGAAUUUGGGUUGUUGACUUCUUAGGUGCUUGGCAUCAGUGCCCCCACGAGGAGCGGGAUGCUUUCGUGCAAGCCUGGGCGGAACCCCUGGUGUAUGGUCACUUCCCUGACAUGUGCCACUGCCUACGUUGCAUUUCCACUGAGGAGCGAAUCGAUAUUGCCCAUCGGCGUAAGGCCUCCGUACUUGUUCAAGCUCUCUUGGAUAUCGUGGGGCCGGUGUGGCACUCCGCGUUGUAGCUUGACUUCGUGCCUUGUGGUCUGUGAUGGAUCCUGCGUGUACGGCGUCAGGUCGCACGGUGUUGCCCCACAGUUGUAUGAGUGCGGCUACAGAGUGUGUCAACUGCUUCGAUGGGAACGGAGAGAGCGAAGAUCAAAGCCGGAAAUCAACGCCACCAUCUGCAGAUCAAAGCCGGAAAUCAACGCCACCUCGCUCCUCUCUCCCCCGUGCUGCUUUCGCCCCUGGGCUCGCUUUGUCUCUUUGGGCUCCCCCGCUCUCCCGCUGGCUUUCCUUCGCUCCCCGCUUGCAGGGUUGAUUUUAGUCUCAUGCCAUUGCCUGCCUGCUCACUGGCGCGACGUCGGUGGUGCUGGUUUCGGGGCAGUGUGGGCAACCCCAGCUACAUUAUCAACAAUGAAUGCUUCGAACGUUCUCGGAGUGAGUGGCUUCUUUGAUGGGGGCCGUUCCUCUGAAGGUUGCGGCGGCGGCUCGGUUCUCGAUCUGUGCAUUCUUCCAACGCUUCCUUUUCAUCUUAGUCAUCUGGAUGGCUCCGCUUCUCCGGACGGUUUCUGGUGGUGCAGUGUUGCCUCAGAAGCCUUUCGUCUUCCGCCCUCGUGCACAGUGACCCAGGCUGACCUUUUGCUGCAAAGCACCUCCUGAAAGGUGUGGCGGCGGUCUUUCAGGCGCUUGGCCUGUUUCGCCCCAUCUGCGUUAGGCUGUGACUCGAGCGGGCCUGAACUCAGGCCUGUGGCUCUGCGCAAAGCAAAAAACCAUGGUUGACGGUUUGCCGCCAGCUUGCAGUUAUCUGGGUUUUGGACAAUCCAAGUUCGUUCGCACUCCGCAAUUUUAUUCGAGACUAUAUCUUUUUCUGCCACUUAUCUCGCGCUGUAGGCGCGCCAGACACACCAAUCGAUAAGAAGUGCUAGACAUAGUUCAAGUGUGUAGAAGCUUUUGUUUUGUAGCGAACAGCUGCCAGAACAAACUACUCUUCAGAUGUUGAAAUUCGAUGGUUAUCUCCUGAAUUCGGGCUGACGACACGCUGUGGUGUUCAAUCGGAAAUGACGGAGAGGUGAGA